AUGUACCCGAAUCAAAGCGGGCGUGUCCUCGACAAGGAGAACGACAUCGUCACAGAGAACAAUGCCGGCCGCACUGGAACCACAGGACCAGGAGGGCUCCAUGCCAAUCUCGUCAAACAGAACUCUCUCAUGGGAAAUCGGACCCCUUCAAAGCAACAGCCUCAAGGACUCAAGAUGAAUCCUGCUGGCUCAAAGACCCCUAUCCAAGGCAAGGUCUCUAACUUGGGCCACAACUCCCCUUCAGCUCAAAGCGUUCUCAGACCAAAGACCAACUACCAGCUGCCACCGACAGCACCCGUGGCCGAUGACAGCAACACUGCUAACCUAAACCAGAAGAAGAAGAGCGGAUUGGCACGGACAUUCAGCACUGUUCUCGAUUCCAAUAAUAACAACAACAACAGCGAUUCCACCAAAGUGCCUUCCACGCCUAUCAAGUCCGAUUCUUCCAGACGCCUCUCUUUGACCAAGCGCGGAUCUGCAAAAGCCAGACUUGUGGUCCACAAGGACGAACCGGCACCAGAAGAUAUCGCACAGGCACCCAUCAAAACUAACCUUGGCACCGGCCAAAACAUCAAGACAACCGGUGGUGGCAGCGGAGGAGAAGGAGGCGCAACAACAUCUCGCCGACCAGUGACUCGUCUUACCGAAGCAGUACCAUUGGAAUCAACUACUACGAUUCUGUCAAUUGGACGAUCAUUGGAGAGCGAGGACAAGGUCGUUGUUGGUCAAGCUAAGGCUGAGACCAAGCGACGCGCCCUCACCAACGAGGAUGACAAACUCGAUAUCGAGUACUGCCCUCCACCCAUUGAAGAACGACCGUACGAGCCCGAUUUCGAGGUGAUCAACUACGACGUUCUUAAGACUGACCCUCCAUCAUUGGCAUACCAAUACCAAUACUUUGACUACUCUGAACCUCCACUGCCCGACUUUGAGCUUCUCCCGACCCAACGACCAUCCCGUGCAUUCUCAUCUUCAUCGGAACUGUCAGACACCGAAUUGUAUAUCCCUGUCGCCAAGACAACUCUCACUGCGGAUGGUCAUUUGGACGUUACCUGGAGCGAGGACGACGAUAACGAGGAGAACGACGGUUCCCCUCACCCUUUAGGCGGUAUCUCCCACGGCCACACUGGCCCCAUCAGCAGUGGUCGUCGAUUUGGAAUCAAGGAUCUGCCGAAUGAGGACAAGCUCCGAGCGCCGUUUGAUGGAUUCAUGUUUGAUCUGUCGGAGGAUUCUUUGAGCGAGGACGAGGAUGAUAUCUUUGGUAGCAUUAGAGUUGGAGCAACCAGCAGCAGCAGCAGCAACCGCACUGGUAGCAAGAGUAACAAGGAACAGGUCAAGGGAGUUGCAGCGGAGGAGGCUGACGAAUUCAACAAGGCCAUUGGUCUCGACGAUCUUGAGGACGAGAGCAAGGUCAAGGCGCCCUUCUCUGACUUUUCCUUUGACCUCUGA